AUGGAGACAGAGCGCAAGGUUGAAGCAGACCCGACCGGUGGGGCCACAAGGACCAGUCCACCGUGUUUCGCGUGUGAGACAUGUAACUUGAAGACUCCAAGCCUUUCAGUCCGAUUAUCCAUAUCGCAGUUACUAAUGCGGGCCAAUGUUGACACGGGGGACCGUUUGAACCCCUUUGCCAGACUUGACAAGUCUCGACAAAAUGUAAUUGACCUGUGCACAUAUUGCAGAGACAACACAAUUGGCUGGAAAGUCAUUUCGAACCCCAGAAAGUAUGGUCCCUCAGCAGCGGCUAGGGCCCUCAAACGAUGGUCAUCGAGAUUGAAGACAGAAGUCAAGAGCUCCAUCAAUCACAUCUGUUUUAUUUGUUCGACAAUGGAAAAAGGAGCGGAGACGGAGAUUCAGAACUCCACCGAGGAUCGUAGACCAAAGCGCAGUCCGACAGUGGAUUGGACACUGUUCAAUGUCUGCGGAGCUUCGAAAGAAACGCGCGAAAUAUUCACGGAUGAGUUUAAACGCCUAUCCGACUGCAGUGCUGUAACUAUUGGAACUUUACUUAACGAUCCCUCAGGGCACCGUCUGUGCUAUCUUCACCUGAACUACAGUAGAUAUUCCCAGCACAAAGUUAAAGAAUUGGACAAGUCCAGUCUGGGAUCCCAACGGGGGCUUUGUAUCUUCAGGGGUACUGGUUGUUCAGGGGAAUGCAGACGACUUCGAAAGCUUCCUGUCGUGGACAGUGGCACUAUUGACAAAAUUGCAAAGUACCUUCGCCUGGAUGAAAACAUUUUAUUGCAAAGCGACAACACGCUGAACGCAGACCAAGUCAUGCGGAAAUACGCGUGCACUGGUUGCGGGUACAGCAUAACGGAUGGACAGAGAGAAUAUAUUCCAAAUGUAUCAUUUGCAAGUAUAGAAAGCUCAUUGGAUAUUUGGCUGCUUCGCUGUGUCUUGUACGCUUUGGAAGUUGAUGUAUCGAAAAACGACAUUGCAUUGUUCAAACGGGAGGACAUUAGGGGCCUCACAAAUAUUGCCAGUUCCUUGCGGCAGUCCUCCGUAGUUUCAGAUACAUAUCCCCCUGUUCGUAUGCUCCGUUUUCCUGACGUCUCAAGAGGCCGGAAGGCUCUGUUAGCUGCGUAUGAGCACCAGUCAUCUUAUUGA